AUGGCGCUCUCAUUGUUAUCUCGGCAGGCCAGGCUCCGAGCUUUGAAGAUUCCACUUGCUUUGGCCUCCGCAAGGAGAUUCGAAAACACUCUUGUCGAGACUGAAGAAGAUGGCAAGAUCUUUUUUGUUUCGAUAGCUCGUCCCGAGAAGCGAAAUGCGGUGAAUGCAGAGACUGCUAAACAACUUUCAGAAGCGUUUCGCGCUUUUGAGAAUCACGAUGAAUGUUCAGUGGCCGUCUUCUUCGGUAAAGGUGGCUCAUUUUGCGCUGGUUAUGACCUUCAAGAAUUGUCAGAGAGGGAUCCGGAAAAAUUCUUAAAAUCAGUGCCUCCGGUCGGAGAAGGUGAUGCACCCAUGGUAAGUAAAGUUUCGCGAAAAGUUCAAGCUUUUUCAGAGAAUCGAAAAGAAGCUUGCAGAGCAUUAACGUUUGACUUCCAGAAGAGUUAUGGGAUUAAAGUUUUUGUACCUUUUUUACUGCUUUUUCUUUCGCCCAUGACUCUGUUUAUCGUUGCAACUGCAUAUGUUUGCCCGUUGAUGAGCCAUCGUGCUUUUUUGCACGUCAAGUCCCAUGUACAGUUGUGUUUUGAUAACCCAACGCACGUGCACGACACGCGCGCGUGUCGUGAAUCGCUUUUUUCGUGAGCAGGAUGUGACUUUUAUUGGCUUAUUUCCGGUCAAAAGAGAAGCAUGCAUGCUGUACAGGUAUUUUGAUCAACGAUUCAUCAUGUUCAUGAGAGCGUGCAUGUGGUAUUGGUUGGUGAACAGAUGCUUACUACAUUCUCAGCGGGAAGUUGAUUAAUUCUUAUUGUUAUGAAAUGCAGGAAAAUCCAAACUGGUGGUCAGUUACCUGAGAAAUAAAUCUAGAGAUUCCAGUUUGGAAAGUAAACAGAACAUGGUGUGUUGGGUAAUUCCAGUGGAAAAUUUUCCAGAUCAGUGGAAUUACCCAACAUUAAGAAAUUUUGCUAAGUUUGCAGAGCUCUAGGAAACGUAACGUUCAAAUGGGCAAUUCCAGAAAAUAUCCUCACCAUACCAUGGACGGCUUCUAUAUUUUAGCGUUAAUUUAAAAAUUGCAAAAUCAACGCUGUUCAAAAGGAUCGAUUUUCCAAUUUUUAAAUUAACAUUACUUAAGUAACUACGCUGCACAGGGAUUUUAAUCUUUAUUCCCUAUUUAAACCCCUCCCCUUCCCGCCUUGCCCUCAGCAUUUCCAAAAUGGGUUAUCCCGCUAUGCCUUCCGAAUUCCAUAAUCAUUAAACCCCCCUCCCAUUCGGAUUUUCCAUUUUUUCGUCGAACCCUUUAGAAUUCCUGACAGUCAUCAAGACUUCAGAAAUUCUGGAAAAAAAUAGAUCUCUGUUCAACAGAUGCAACCUACAUUUCCUUGCUUCCUCUUUACUCAUUAAGCAAACCCACUUCCCCCUCCUCCAUCCAUGGUCCCUCCAUGUUUAAUAAUCUCUCUCUCUCUCUCCAUGUUUUAAGGGCCCUUCCCGACUGAAACUGAGCAAGCCAGUUAUUGGGGCAAUAGAGGGGCAUGCAGUCGCUGGUGGAAUGGAGCUGGCUUUGAUUUGUGAUCUCAGAGUGGCAGCAGAAAAUACUGUCAUGGGAAUAUUUAACAGGAGAUUUGGUAAUAUUCUUUUUAUAUAAAAUGUUGCUAAAAAAGAAAAGUUUCUUAUUGUUAGAAAAUAAAUCACUGUUAUGAUCAUUAUCCUUUAUCACCUUGAAUGGCAGUAAAUUUAUACCUCAUUGCUACUUAUUUUUGCAGGCACUUAAUUUCGUAAAAAUGCAGGAGACAAAUUCUAUGAGUCUUAAUUCAUAAUUUGGCAGGAAUAUUGUGCCAUAAGGAAUUGUGCAAAAAGGCAGUGUUUUUAUAAAUUGGGCUACCUGUAACAAAAAAUUAAACAGUUUUAAACUAAAUGUUUUGGGACUAAAUUUGCCUUUUACUACAAAGAACAACAGAAAUUAAGUUCUAGGAAUUCUUAAAGCAAAAGUAUCAACUUUUUAAUUAAUGGAUUUUAGGAAAGGAUCAUACAUGUAGAAAGGGUAUCAAAGUUAACCUCACUAAAGUUUUUUGAAGUACUAUUCCCUCAUAUAUUUUAUUACUGUAGUGUUCCCUAUUAUUAAUCACCGAAACAAUUAUCUACAGCUUUACUACUUAACCCAUUCGCUCCUGGAGAUUUUGCCAAAAAACGCGUUUUGAAGCUAGUCGAGUGGUUUUCUGGUCACUGUCGUGCUAUAAAGAGCUAAAACUUACCACAAACUGGUUUACAGGUCGAACAUUUCGCGGCCUUCUUAUCCAGAUGCAAAAUAUCAGCUUGAGAAGUUCGGGCAUGCGCAGAAAGCAAAAUUUCGCUUUCUCUCCUCCCCUCUUUUUGCGCUUUUCUUGCCUCAUUUUUUUUUCUUUUGCUGGGCAUUUAGUAGGCUUCAUUUUGGUGGGAAGAGUUUUUAAGAAAGCUUUUAGGAUCUUAGGAUUAGGUGAAAGGAAAGGUAGGUGGAUAAUGGAACAAGAUUUUCAUGGAGAUUUUCAGGUCAAUGUCACGUGGUUUUUGGCUUGUUUCUCCGGUAUCCUUGACUGAAUUGUGCUCAUUCUGGUAUGGUUUGAAAGAUCUCUUCACUCUGCACAAGUUAGCGAAGAAAGUUGUCCUUGACUGUUAAAACUGAUGACGUCACAAUGGGUAGAAAGGACCUGGAUCCGCACGGGCGGUUACGGGCGGUUCAGGGGCGAAUGGGUUAAUAAUGCAUGGGGAGAACUAAAUUUUCCAAAAGGACCCCAAGUUCUACAAACAAUAAAAUUAGUCUUAUACAACUUCAGGUGUCCCACUCCUGGAUGGAGGAACUGCCAGGUUACCAUACAUUGUCGGCCUGUCACGUGCUUUGGACCUCAUCAUGACUGGGCGGCCUGUGAGUGCUCAAGAAGCCUACAGUAUGGGUCUGGUCAACCGAGUAGUCCCUAAUGGAAAAGCUCUAGAUGAGGCCAUUAAACUUGCGAAACUCAUCGCACGUUUCCCACAAGAAUCGCUGAUUACUGAGCGCAAGUCUGUUUAUUACUCUGUGUUCAAUGCAGAGUCGUUUUACGAUGCACUGUCAUAUGAGCACUCUAAGGGUGUUAAAGUCCAGACAAUUAAAGAUUCUAUUAAAGGCGCUAAAGAGUUUUUAGAAGGGAAAGGCCGAAAGGGGUCUUUUGAUGAUUAUCUUGAUUAGUGAACUUGGAGGAAUGUCUUAAUCAAGGAAGCUCCAUGACUUUAGGAUUCUAUAACCAGUGGGUGCUACUCAGCAACAUUUUUUACAUGGGAAGGCUCUGCCCCAACGUCUAAUCCCUUACUCUUUUAUAAAAUUAUACCGUUUUUGACAGAACACAAAUACCCCCAUUGAAAAAAAAUUUAUUGGUACAGCUCACACAUACCUGUAGAGAUCUACAGCUUGUCAUUUUUAUGUAGUGUGAGUGAAGUGCAUCUGUUUGAAAAAUUUUAAUUCAAGACAGGCUUCUGUUAAAGGCUUUAUUAAACUAAAGUGACAAAUUUCCUAACCCUUUCAUAUACCUGAAUCCUUUAAAGGUACCCACUUUGGGUGGGGCCUCCCCAUAGAGGCUGUUAUGUGCCUACCCCCUUGAUUAAAGAUAAGUAGUGUAAAGAGAGAUGGUGAGAUACAUACAGCUAAUAGCUGUUACAAGGUGAGCUAAAGUUUAUCAGCCAAGUGUAGUUGUCAGGCCUACCCCCAUUUUUGUCUAACUUUUAUUUUAUCUUGAACAAUGACAAACAAGAUAAAAACAAUGCAAGAAAUGUUUAUCUUGACAACUAAAAAAGAUAAAAACAAUGCAAUGAGUCAUUGUUAGCUGUUUCUUAGUUACAAGGCUGUGUUCUGAUUAAAGUUGUUUAAAGUUCAAAUGCAUGGUAUACAUCUAGCAUUAUUUAAGCAAAAAGUAACUCCUUAGAGGCCCUAGGCAUUCUAUAACACAGCCCCAAGUACAUCUAUGACUGAGUUUCAAGACUCUUGCAUGACUUUUCUAAAAGGUAAUCGAGAGUGUGAUAAGAUUUGGGAAUGUCACUAAGAUUUCAAGUAGGGGAAAUCAAAUAAAGUGGAAGCUCACAUAAGCUGACAACAUUGGGACACUUAAAGGGUUCUUGUAACUGGAGCUGUCCUCGUAGGGGAAAUAAUGUAAAAAAUACAGUGUUUGUAUGGGAGUUGAGAAAAAUGAGGUUUUGUGAAGGCGGCCAUAAGUAGAGCUGUCUGCUUGUGCAAGUGUCUUUGAGGAGAGUGUUCACUUUAGCUAGGGAUCUCUUUUGGUUCUAUUUUUCUUGUAUUUUCUUAGGAAAGUAGCCCAGGGUCGCAUCAUAGUAACUGGGGGAAAUCCCCAGCCCUUAAUGACAUCCUUGUUAAAUAUCCCUUGAGGUAUUUGUGAUUUGCAUAAAAACCAAUGUACAUGCUAAAGAUAAAUCAUCCAGGAAACUUGUCCAAAUAACUAUACAUGUUCGGUUAUCAUUAAUUUUUGUACAAAAGGCAUCUACAGUGUAGUUCGUCACUGGACACACAUUUGAACAGAUUCGACUUCCGGUGAUGAAAAACAGUGAAUAAAGCCAAAACUUGAACCGUCAC